AUGUCGACUUUAUUUAUACUCGGUGCUGCUGAAGUAUCCGAGAAACAAUAUUUCUUAUUAGAAAAAGAGUCAUCUUCUUUAUUCCAGAAUAGAGAUUGUUUUGACAGAAUUUUGAAUGUUUCCUCAUUCAAUGAAUUAUUCCUUCAAUUAUACAAUGAUAGAACAAUAACAUUACCAAAUCUUUAUAACUAUGAAAGAGGUGUAUCCUUAAUUCUUUACGAUCCUGAUUACUGUGACCUUUUGAAGGGGGAUAAGGAGAAAAAUCGAAAUCAAGUACCAGUACGACAAGUUAAUGAUUUCUUGAACAAAUUCUUCCCAGUAUUGAACAUUAUCGCUCUAGAUUAUAGAGAUGAAAAAAUGUUAGAUAAUUUCUUCAAGAAUUUAAGACAAGAAAUUAUCAUAUCUCAAGAUAGAAUUCUAAGACUAAACCAUUGGAUGUAUCAUCAAAAUGAGGAAGAUAUCAUGAUAGACAAUUCAACAAAUGAUGAAAAAUCAUUCCCAGGUUGUGACACAAAUAUCUACUCCAUGUUGAAACAUUUAUCCAACUCAGAAAAAUUAUUAGCUUCCACUAUUUCAAAUGAUAAUGAAGAAAAUUUAUUCGCAAAUUCAAUUAACGAUAAUAUCACUUUUAUAAAUAUGCUAUUAGACCCAAACAUUACUAAAAAUGGGAAUUUUGACGAAAUCCGUUAUUUAGAUUUACUUUCUACAUGGAAUUUUAAUGCAUUAGAAUUGACUACAAAGGAAUUAAUCAUAUGUGGAUUUGUCUUAAUACGGAAACUGAUUAAAGAUACAAAUGCUACGGAAUUACAAUUAAGUGACAAUCAUCUUUUAUUCUUAUUGUUUACAAUAGAAUCAUCUUAUCAUCAAGUUAAUAAAUUCCAUAAUUUCAGACAUGCCAUUGAUGUCAUGCAAUCCACCUGGCAACUAUGUGUUAAUUUAAAAUUAACAAAUAAAGUCCACAUCUUAUUAUUGACAAUGGCCGCCAUUGGCCAUGACAUUGGUCACCCUGGUACUAAUAACCAAUUGUUCAAAAAAUUUAAUUGUCUAUUAGGAAUUAAAUUUAAUAACGUUUCUGUAUUAGAAAGAUUCCACAAACAAGUUUUCCAAAAUUUAAUUUGGAAUCAAUGGUCCAACCUAAUGAAAGCAUCAGUGAAUAAUAUGAAUUUAAUUAAUGAAGCAAUCUUAGCUACAGAUAUGGCUUUCCAUUCCACUUAUGUAGCCAAAUUAGAUGAAAUAAUAUGUCAUAGGAAAAAUAUUCUUGAAAACCCCGGAAAACAGGACUCCUUGAAAGAUGUAGAAUUUGGUUCUUUAAUUUCAUUCAUUAUUAAAGCUGCUGAUAUUUCUAACGUUACAAGGAGUUUAAUAGUCUCAGCAAAAUGGGCAUUUUUAAUUACUCUAGAAUUUAAAGAUUCAUGUUCUUUGGAGAAAUAUCACGAAGAUUAUGAAAUAUCAACUCAAACUUUAUGUGAUGACGCUGUUAAAGACAAAUUAGAAAUUAAAUAUAGUGAUGUAAAUUACGUGGAAAAAAUAUUUAAUAUUUUAAAUUCCAAAUGCAUAACGACAGAUGACUUAACAAAGAAAUAUCCAGCAAUCCCUGGUGGUCAAAUAUUCUUCAUUAAUACGUUCGCUGAAGAAUUUUUUACUAAAUUAGCAAAAGUUUUCCCAGAGUUACAAUUUUUAAGUGAUAAUGUUCAAUCGAAUAAGAAAUUCUGGUUAAAUAAGUUGAACUCAGAGAAUUAA